AUGAAUCACAGCCACGCUGUGCUUCGUCAAGACUCCCCGGUUGAUAUCGAACGAGAGCGCACCGCUGCCCGCUCGGAUCAUCCGGACUCUCCGAUCGACGCUUCGGCCCGCCUCGAUGACGAAGAGCUCGACUCUGACGACUCUCCCACACCACGCUUUAUGCAAGAAGAAGGAGCCUGGAAGCGUUGGAGAUGGAUACCCUAUCCCGCCCGUAAGCUGGGGAAGACCGUGUACAGGUGGAUGAAGGGACCGCAGCCACCCAGGAUUUGGAAGAUCGAUCCGUUCUUCCCAACCAUACAACAUGCCCCUCUGACCCUCAUCGAGAGGUUGCUGCCGAAUAAGAAGCACCGACAGGGGCUAUUCUUGGCCUACUUCGCCGCAUGGAUCCUCACAUUUGCCAUUGUCCUGUGGCAGGGGCAAGUCUCGUCGGAAGUUCAGGGCUGGGGUCAGCCAUCUGAUAUCAGCUGUGGUGUCACCUACUGGACCGCCAAAAACGGGUGCGGGCUCGACGGGAUGGACUGCCGGCCUUUCAACGGCUCUGGUUUCGCCUUCCGAUGUCCUUCGAAUUGCGGCAGCUACCGUGUUCUCAACCCCCGAGCUGUGGGACAGCAGGAGAUAGUGUAUGCGCCUCUGGUCAUUGGUGGACCGCCUGAUGCGACGAAUGAAGCUGAUCCGGUCUACCGAGGCGACUCGUUUAUCUGCGGCUCGGCCAUUCAUUCCGGCGUCAUCUCGAAUUCAGAUGGCGGCUGCGGCGUCGUGGAGUUGAUUGGUGAACAGCAGAACUAUGUCAGCACGAACAGGCACGGCAUCAACAGCGUUGGCUUCGACUCGUACUUCCCCUUGUCGUUCACGUUUCUGCCAGGCAUCAAAUGCGAAGCUCGUGACGCUCGGUGGUCAUUACUGGCCGUCUCGGCGGUCUUCACCUCAAUCCUGUCGUUGUUCACGGCGUCAUCGGCUGCCUUCUUCUUCGCAAACUUCAUCAUCAUAUUCUGGCAAGUGGGCAUGGCUUCUGAUCCACCGUCUGAGACAUCAGUAGCGGGUCUCUUCUCUGAUAUCAUCGGCAAGUUCCUCCCUGCACUGUUUUGUGCUUGGGUCAUGUACGACAAGAUGGGUGUCCGGCGAACCUUGAGAGGCCUGACUGCCCAGGUUGAGAAGACUGUCUUGUGGCUCUGCGGAUGCUGGGUCGGCGCCCUGACCAAUUACACCUUUGACUUCAUACCAAUCCAGCGAUUGACGGGCCACGAUCUCGACCAGCAACCCGGUGCCAAGGCUGCACUCGCCGUCAUCGUCGUCGUGAUUGCUGUCAUUGUCGUGGGUCAAGUUUGGUGUUUCCAGCAGGAAGCACGAUUACUACGCGUUCUCAAGUUGUACGCUGUGCUCGUACUCGCCAUCAUCAUCGCUGUAGUUUUGCCCAGCCUCAGCUUGCGCAUACAUCAUUAUAUCCUUGCCUUGUUGCUAUUACCAGGCACCAGUAUGCAAACCCGCCCCUCGUUACUCUAUCAAGGCAUCCUCAUUGGCCUUUUCAUUAAUGGCAUUGCCCGUUGGGGAUUUGACGCGGUCCUUCAGACUUCAUCGGCUUUGCAGGGCGAUGCUCAACUUGGCUCGGCUCUGCCCGUCCUGAACACACCAGAUAUCAACGUCGCCAACUCGAGUAUCAUAUUUGGGUGGAACGCCACCUCAGACACCGGUUAUGACGGUGUCAGCGUCCUGGUCAACGACGUGGAGCGGUAUCGAGGUUUCUUUGGCGACGAGGACGCUGACCAAUUCGUAUGGAGUCGCGACAACGGGUCGAGCUACGAUGAGUACUUCCGCUUUGGUUAUGUGCUGGGCACAUCGACGGGCGACUACACCAAAGCUGGUGUAUGGACCGCUGAACUCGAUUGGAUCGAAAUGGCGGCAGGGCCCUCGAGGAUCAAAAGCCGAGACCUCCGCGUAGAUGAGAAUGAACAGGUGCCGCGGGCCUUGUGGAAUCACUAG